GAACAAUACCCAGAAAUAGAAGGAAAAGAAGAUUUGUUCGCUGCAAAAUGAAAAAACGACGACGUAUUGGCCUGCAACCUGAUUGACUGGGCAUCAGACAUGUAAAUCAAGGAUCUCUCAGCCUUCUUCUCAUAUAAUCACUCAAUACCUGAACAAAACUGUAUUUAAUAUACAUAUAUAUAUAUAUGUUAGCAGCAUACAGCUACAAAAACGACACCGUUUAGUCAUCCCAACCGACCCAUCACAGGAAAUAAGCAAGGAGGAUUCUGAAUUCCCCUUCUUCCACAGAAAAUGGGAACUCUCGGCAUCUCUCUCUCACUGUCUCUCCUAAAUGGAACCCACCAUCUUCGUCUGGCAGUACCCAUUUCGAGCCGUCGCCUCUCGUUGCGCUCUUUUAAAUCCGCCAAGCCUCGUACCAGCACCCUCGUCUUUGGGGAGAACCCUAGUGACCCCAAAGAACCCAUGUUCGUAGACGAAGACGGCGUCGUCGACGACAUGGAAGGCUACCUCAAUUACCUUUCUCUCGAAUAUGAUUCUGUUUGGGAUACGAAGCCUGCCUGGGAUGUCUUGGAGAUUCCAUCUUAUGAACAGCCUGCUUUCUGUAUAUUGAGUUACAUGGUUACAUUUCAUGACUUUCAGCACUGGUAUGAUUUGUUCCCUAGGUGUCAGCCCUGGACGAUAACACUUACAGGCGUAUCGGCCAUCGCCUGUAGCUGGCUAAUCUUGCACUCCCUUGUGGUUACCUCGGCUGUAAUCCUGCUAAUUGGCAUUUGGUGGUAUAUUUUCCUUUAUUCUUACCCAAAGGUGUAUUCGGAUAUGAUUGCAGAGCGAAGAAAGAGGGUGACAAACGGUGUUGAAGACAUAUAUGGAUGGAAAAAGACUCAAUAGUUCAAGCUAAAUGCAGAUUAUCUGAUUAAAUGUGCAUACAGAGUGCAGUAGAAUGUUUGAUGUUUUCUUUCUCUUUGUUCUCUUCUUUCCUAUUCAAAUGUGUAGAAGGAGAAGAUAUUUAUUGACUGGAGGAGUGAAUCAAAGGGAGAAGAUAAUCUUCUUUUCUCUCCUCCUCUUUUCUAUUUUCAAAUUACCACCACUGGUUAGUGGAAAAAAUUCAA